CGACCGUUCUGUGUCCCCGCCAGCUGCUUCUGUUGACGUUGUCUCGACGCCGGAGAUGGCUCCUGCUUACCUGUCAAUGGUGGACCCUUUUCUCGUUGAAGCUCUCCAAAACCCUCGCCAUCGUCUCACCAUUAUGCUGAUGGAACUCGACGUUCAAAUGUUUUUGCAAAAUCCCGAUUUGGAACAGUUUGAGUUUCCACACUUCCCUACUUCCUAUCUUCGUCUUGCAGCGCACCGAGUUGCUCAACACUAUGGGUUGCUGACUAUGGUGGACAAUGUGGUUGAUGGUCAGGGAACUCGUAUUUUGGUGAAGAAAAAGGUUGAUACUAAAUACCCGGCCCUCUGUUUAUCUGAUGUUCCACCCAAACAAUCAGAGAGUGACAAACUGGUAUCAGAGCGGGACGUGCUUAUAUUGCUGCGCGCUAUGGUGGGAUCCUCAAGGGGUGAGGAUUAUGCGAGCACUGUUGCGCGAGAGGGGAUGUGCACGUGCUGAUGAAGGCUCCACUCC